UCAACUCUUCCCCAACACAAAACACCUCUCAAUAUAUCAUCACAAUUCACAUACAUACAUACACUUUUCCAUUAUUCCCACAAAGCAAGAGCAAAUAUUAAUGGGGUCUAAUUCGAAAGCAAGAAAAGAGAGAGAUUUAGAGAGGGAAGAAGCAGAAGAAAUAGAAGAUGCAGUAAGAUUAGGAGCAGACAAAUACCCAGAUAGACAACCACUAGGAACAUCAGUUCAAACAAGAGACCAUACUAAAGAAGAACCACCAGCACCUUUGUAUGAGCAUGGUGAGCUCAAAUCAUGGUCAUUUUGGAGGGCUGGAAUUGCUGAAUUUAUGGCAACUUUUCUCUUCCUUUACAUUACUGUUUUGACUGUUAUGGGUGUUAAAAGAACACCCCAAGUUUGUGCUUCUGUUGGUAUUUUGGGUAUUGCUUGGGCUUUUGGUGGUAUGAUCUUUGUUCUUGUCUACUGCAUUGCUGGCAUUUCAGGUGGUCACAUAAAUCCAGCAGUAACAUUUGGUCUAUUACUUGGAAGGAAGUUGUCUUUGUCAAGGGCAGUCUUUUACAUAUUAAUGCAAUGCUUAGGAGCCAUAUGUGGUGCUGGUGUGGUUAAGGGUUUCCAGCCAUCAUUAUAUGAACUUAAGGGUGGUGGAGCCAAUGUGGUUAACCAUGGUUUUUCUAGAGGUGAUGGUCUUGGUGCUGAGAUUGUGGGCACUUUUGUCCUUGUCUAUACUGUCUUUUCUGCUACUGAUGCCAAGAGAAAAGCUUCCAAUGUUCCUAUAUUGGCACCACUACCAAUUGGAUUUGCUGUGUUCUUGGUGCACAUGGCCACCAUCCCAAUUACAGGUACCGGCAUCAACCCAGCCAGGAGUUUGGGUGCCGCCAUCAUCUUCAACCAGGACAAAGCUUGGGAUCAACAGUGGAUUUUUUGGGUUGGGCCCUUCAUUGGAGCUGCACUGGCUGCAUUAUACCACCAGAUGGUGAUCAUGUCGACCCCUUUCAAGUCCAAGGCUUUCAAGCCCACACCCACGCCCACGCCCGCAGUUUGAAAACCGGCAUUUUCUAAUCGUGUAGUGAAAUAUUAUGUAAUGAAAGAGUUAGUCUUGUAAGAGACCGCUUUGCUAAUUUAGCUUGUUGUUAUGCUUCUAUAUUUUAAAUAUUAUGGUUUGGAAAUAUAAUCAAACUGUAAUUUAUGGUUUA